AUGAGGCGCGCGGUAUCGAAGAUACUACCUUCGUCGAACUCCAAUAGCCACAAUUCCUCGUCGUCGUCAACUUCGUCUUCAUUGUCAAAAUUGGCCCCUUCCGGCUUCACGUCGGGUUUCAAGAUAGACUUUCAUUCGGUGGAUGAGUUCUAUAUCCAGCUAGAUAACCCCCACAAGGUGUGGUUGCCUGGCGAUGAGGUGUCGGGGCAGAUUGUCUUGGUGUCAAAGAAGAACUUGGCCAACAUCAUCAUCACGUUGUCCUUGACCGGGUUUAUAAAGAUCAAUGCUUCUUCUCACUCGAAGUUGAGACCGAUAAAGCACACCUUGUUCGACCACACCAUCAAAAUCUACGGCGAAGAAAUCACCAGCAACUCUCCGCUGGACGAAUACUCAAACGGACUCUUUAAAGGCGAACAUGUGUUUCCCUUUAUCGUUAAACUCCCCAACAAAAAAGUGUUUACUUCCAUCGAUUUCGGCAAGGGCUCCAUCAACUACACGUUAUUGGCCUCGGUUGGCAAUUCUUCCUCGUAUACUGCUGCAUCGGCCAUACCAACACCUCCAAAUGAAAUUUACUCCAAUAGCAACAGCAGCAGCAAUAGCAACAACAAGAAGAAAUAUUUGCAUAACCCGUCAUAUACAUCAGAGAGGUUGAUCAACAUCGUCAAUCCCGUUGACGUGUCGGAGCUACCACGACCCAAGCCAAAGAGACUUAUACUAAGAGACCCAAGAAGUGGUGGCAGUGGUGGCGGUGGCGGCAGCGGCGGUGGCGGUGGCGGUGGUGUAAAUAAUAACAAUAACAACAAUAACAACAACCGAGAUAAGAAACUAAUGAGAACUCAAUCUUCAACUUCAACUAUAAACACAAUCAAUACUUUUGCUACCUUUUCAUCGAACAAUUCCGACCACAAUUCAGUCGACGACCGCAUAUCCGAUCCCGAACAAAACAACCACCACAACCAAGCAAGUCUGGUGUCAAAUUUAGAUAGACAAUUAUCAGUGACAAUAAAUAAACCAGCCGCGACAAUCAAGGCAAUAUUGGAAGUGCCCCAGCGAGGGUACCUAAGAGGCGAAUCCAUUCCGGUUAAAUUGUCAAUCAAUCAUCUCAAAAAGAUCCAGGACUUGAAUGGGAUAAUCGUGACAUUUGUACGAGUCUGCCGCUUGGACAAUGGACCCGACGGAGUGGUGGAAAGCUUUAGAAAAGAUUUGCAACAACUUGUCUUGCCCUUGUAUGUCGAUCCCAACACCCUUAAAUCAGAGAUUCAAUCGUCUUUGCGAGUGCCUGCUGAUGCUUUCCCUACAAUUGUCGGCUGCCCCCUUGUCUCCUUCCAAUAUUUUAUUGAAGUGUUGAUCAAUUUAUCGGGCAAAUCUGUUGCCGUCGACCCUGAAAUAAUGGGCGAGCACCAUCUGCCCGAGGCGACAACCAACCAAGGCAUCAGCUCUCAAAAUCCAACUUCGAUAGAAAACUUUCAAUUCAAUUUCAGCUCUUCAAUGCAUAGCCAAAAGGAGAGGUCGACUUUUAUCAAUACUGACAAGUUCAAGAGAUCCAAAAAGUUUUUGCAAAUCACAACGGAAAUAUGCAUCGGUACCCAUAGGCUGAAGGUGUUGACUUUGGAAGAUGAUGAUUUACACACAGUCCACUCAUCCAUGGACAACAGCUUACAUAGCGGCAGUGGCAGCGGCAGCGGCAGCGGUAUCGGUGGAGCAGGGUCGAGAAGAUCAUCGUCGCUGUUAUCGAACCCAAACUCGCACUUGUCGCCAGCCGUGUUUACCAAUUCGCCUCAAAACCAGAACCGCUCAUCACCACAUCAUGCAAGCAAUAACAAUUUUGCGCACGGAUCCUCGGGAAAUUCGUCGCCAUUAACAAACCACCUCGCUGCUGCUGUUUCGGACAAUAUUUCUGCAAACUCGGCUCAUGGCCACUACCCUCCACAUCCACCCACAACGGCUGCCAUGACCAAUUCUCCACAACGAGUUGCAUUUGACCCAAUCCCAGAGUCGCGCGAGCUCCACAAUUUCGAAACCCCGCCGUACUCGAACCAUGCGCCGCAAGAAAGCGUGCCGAGGUAUACCUCGACCCACAUUCCAUCGACACACAUUUCGAUGUAUCCACAUGGCAUCAAUCCAGCCUCCUCGAUGCCAGCAUCUGGAUCUGGAUCUGGAUCGGGAUUGGAAUUGGGAUUGGGAUCUAGAGCCAUUGCCGAUGACAAUUUCAUGGCCAACAUGCACGAGCAAUCAAACUUGACAGAGAAGCAAAGAAUGCAGCAGCAUGAAAAUAGUCUAUUGCCUUCUGCUCCGCCCGAUAUGGACGAUGAUUUGGAAAUUUAUGAAACUGGAAAUCAAGGUCAAGCUCAAAGUCAAAGUCAAAGUCAAGAGCAGCAUCAUCAUCUACAACAACUUCACGACCAGACAGGCUCUGGUUUCCAUCCUCAGCAAACUGCCCAUGCUGAUGAGGCCACUACUGCGGCUACAUCUAGUGGCGCUGGGGUUCCCUCGCGUCUGCAAUUCAAUUUCUUCACCUACAGCGACACGAGCUCGCCGGGAGCAGCUACAAUUAACCACGUCGCUCUUGCAAACGCGCAACACGAACAGCAAAACCAUGGAGAUACGUUAUCGACUUCAACAGCAAACCACCCGCACGUGCAGCAACAUCAAUUCGCAACUAAUCAGCUCGAACAUGCAUUGUUCAACGAUGACGUCAUUGACAGUGUGCCGAAUUACUCUACUGCGGAACAAGAUCAACUACUUAGCGCCCAUCAUGCGAGCCGCGAAGGACAUUAUCAUCAUCCUCAUCAACAUCCUCAGUAUCAAAACCAAUAUCAGCAGCAAGAAGUCAGCCAUCAUGAUAACGAAGGUGGCCGCCAUUGA